ACACUACAGAACAGCCAGCGCAAGAAAAGUUUUUCCUAAUAUUCACUCUAUUAUUCAGUGUAUCGGACAGGUUAAACAGCUGGCUCGGAUGUCCUGCGGGCAACUAAUUUCCAUGAAUAGUUUCGCCGAUGAGAUGAAACGAGGUUAAAAAAAUGAUCAUAAUACAUUAUCAUCUAGCAGGCAGUUCGUGCGUAUUUUGGUUCCGGGUAUGUUUCGCUGAAGUAGGAACCUCAGUGAGCUUCGCCAAAAGGUGUGUCAUUCCACCGUUAAAAACUCUGUGCUUCCAGUGCAUAGUCACUAAAUGCACGUCACAACGUAAUUAUUUAUGCGUUUUCUCUUAAAACUGGCCAUCAAAAGGGAGCAUGGCGGCAGCCCCACUGUCAGAGACGGAGAUCAGGCAGCGGUCUAUGGCAGAGGAGGAUCCGAACGGGAAUGAGCACGGGGCGGCUGCUCGCAGCACAGCGCCUCGCUGGGGACCGCAGCAUGCUGGAGCCAGACAGCUCGCCAAGCUUUACUCUCCGGGAAAGAGACUGCAGGAGUGGAUCUGUGUGGUUUUAUGCCUCUCACUCUUCGUUUUAAACUUCUACUUACUUCUCCUCAACUUUUCUACAGUGCACAUCUACAAAAUCAUCUUUGGCAUUGUGACUGGUAUCGUGACAGCAGACUUUGCCUCUGGGAUGGUACAUUGGGGGGCUGAUACAUGGGGCUCAGUGGACAUCCCAGUAAUCGGGAAGGCAUUUAUUCGUCCAUUCCGGGAGCACCACAUUGAUCCGACGGCUAUCACCCGGCAUGACUUCAUAGAGACUAAUGGAGACAACUGCAUGAUCACCAUCCUGCCUCUGACCCACAUGGCCUAUAAAUUCCUCUCCUACCCACCAGAUGCCCUUGCAGAGUCCUACCCCUGGGAAUGUUUUGUUUUUGCGUUGGCGGUCUUUGUCACCAUGACUAAUCAGAUCCACAAGUGGUCUCACUGCUACUUUGGCCUGCCACGCUGGGUCACGCUACUGCAGGACUGCCAUCUAGUGUUGCCACAGAAACACCACCGGAUCCAUCAUGUGUCGCCACAUGAGACAUACUACUGCAUCACUACAGGGUGGUUGAACUAUCCGCUGGACAGAGUGGGUUUUUGGCGGAGAAUGGAGUGGCUGAUCGAGAAACUGACGGGUCAGAAGCCACGCUGCGAUGACCUGGCCUGGGCCAAGAAAACAGACUGAUCAGGACAGCAGGACUGUACCCCUCCCUAAUCACCUCUCCCUCUGCCAAGGAGGAGGGAAAAAACUGAAUAUUGACCUUACCUUUGGACCCCAAACUUCUCCUCUCUCUCUCUCUCUCUCUCUCUCUCUCUCUCUCCUAAUCUUCCUUUCCCCUCCAUCUAACCCCAAACCCUCCACAGCACUGAAUCACAGAUCACUCUUAAUGCUAGGGCCUUUACCUGUCACUGAGGUCUACUACACACAAGCCAUCGCCUGUUCCUCUUCCUCUGGCUUCUUCCUCCUCGACUUGACUUUUUGUAGAUGUCCAUACAUAAAGAAAGAAUAGAAAGACAAAGACUAUGUUAAAAUAAUGGGUUCAUACAGUUGGGAGGAUGAUAAGAGAGACACCUUUUGUUAAACUGUUCCUCACACAUUCCUUUGCUCCAUCUCUACAUGCAGUCUUGCAAUGCCCAAGAGAGGCAACCACGAUUUUCUCAUUUCAGUUUGUAAAAGGUAUGUUUUCUGGAGGUUGGGCUCUCCAGAGGACCAAAACCAUGUUGUGAUUUCCCAGCAUGGUUUUCAUGUGGAGUAAGAGAGGCAAUUAAAUGUGGAUUUGAUUUUGGAGUCAGAUCAGAAACAGCAAGAGAAGAUUAAUCACAGGUGAAAACACUUUCUACUGGUUAAAAUCCGAUUCACAAAUGCACAUCAGAAGUGAUGUGUGUUGUCUCCAUAUUAAAACCCACCCUUUGGUUUGGGUGAAAGAAAGCAUCGAGAAUCCACUUCUCACUGAAGGGUUUAAAACCCAGGGAAAGGAUUUUGUUGGCCAACCUGCAUGGUUAGUGCUCAGUUGACCCAUCUGAAUGUUUUCCCUGAAUGUCUCUUACUGAGCUCAUUUUGGCCUUACGUACAAAAACCCAUUACACUUAUUUCUCAUCAGCUUACCGGGGCUUUGUGACGAUGAGCAUUGAUUGCGUCUAUGGUGUGUUAGCGUGAUGUUAUUGAUAUUUGUAGUGUUAGCAGUCUAGCUAGUAAUGUCCUCCUCCUGUAUCCUGUGGCCCAGUGGUUUAGCAAAGGUUAUAAUAGCAAAAGGUCACUUGUAGAAAAGGUCGAUUUGAAUCUGAAUUUUAAGUUACUAGGCUUUAUUAAAGAAAAUCAUUAAUGAUUUCUUAUUAUUUUCUUAUGGAAUGAUAUUUGUUCUCUAUUUGACCAAUUAUACUUUUUUUUAAUGUGAAAUUGGUUAGAAAAACAGCCAAACAAACUCCCUCCUUUCUCUCUCUCUCUCUCUCUCUCUCUCUCACACACACACACACACACACUUUUUGAGUGUGCUGUACAUCCAAAAAACACUUACACUCUCACCUGAAUUCCUGUGGAAUUAUGGUAAAUGGAAAAGAGUAAGGAAGCUUUCAUAGAGUGCUCUGUUUCAGUACAGUUUGUCUCAACAUCAUGUUUUCAUGUUAACAUAGGACAGCUGCAGCUCCAUAAUUUGGGUUUCAUUGUCUGGUUUUGAAUUUUUGUAAAUAUAUAUUACUACAGUAAUACAUUCAAGCCUUGUGUUUUUUCUUUCCAUCUUGCAGCUAAUGCUCGCUGCUAGUCUGCCUUAAACCAAUGUUUUUAUUAGCUGUAUGAAUUAAUAAAUAUUUAAUAAAUAA